GCACGUUCUAUUCGUCCACUCUAUACUUCCAUGUCCAAGAUCAUAAUGCCCGGCGGCAAUACUCGCUGCUUGCGGAAGAUGUUUGAAACCAAGGAUGAGAAUUCAGGUGAGAGAUGAUCAUACUCAGCAAUUGCGCCGAACAGGCCUGUAGGCAACGUUUACAAGACGUAGAUUGUGGCCACUGACUUCGGCCAGCCCUACGGAUUCAUUUGCACUUCAGCUCAUAGAGCACAUGAUGGCAGAACUCGAACCUGCAGGCCAUCAGCUCGUCAUAGUCACCGUGGUCUUCGGGCUCGUCGCCUUCUUUACUCUCUCGGUACGCAUAGGCUUCAGGAUCCGAAGCCGAAAAUACGAUGUCUCGGAUACAUGCCUGAUCGCGGCUAUGAUCUGCGGCAUCAUUCAGAGCGCUAUUCAGAUCACUCUCGUUGCAGAAUUUGAAUAUGGGAAAGCAAAAGCCAACAUUCCUGCCGACUUGAGGCAGUCCAUGUUGCCAGCGAAACUGGCAUACACCAACCAGAUCAUCUUCAAACUCACGACACCACUCUGCAAGCUGUCGCUCUGCCUGCUAUAUCGUAGCAUGUGCUUUACAUCGACCGACCGCAUCAUCCAGAUGACCAGACUUGUCAUAUGGGCCACCAUCUACCUUAUCGUAGGAGCCUACUCUUCAGCAUUCUUGAUCAGCAUCUUCCAAUGUACGCCCAUCAGCAAGGCAUGGGAUAAGAGUGUAGCUGGAACGUGCAUCGACCUCCUCGCAUUUCGCAUGAGUACCGCAGUAUUCAAUCUGAUCACCAGCGCCAUGGUCAUUGCGAUACCGAUCCCAACUCUCGUGAGGCUCAAGAAACACCGCCCAGAGGUCAAGUCAUUGAUCGGCCUAAUCCUUCUUGGAUCAGUUCACACCGGCCUGACCAUCGCUCGAUUCGUCAUUAUGUUCUACCCCGCUCCGCUCACGAAGACCGAACCUCAAUACACGCACAUCUUCAACAACGUACUUGCGGUUGUUGAGAUGCAUACCGGUAUACUUGUCGCGACAUUAGUUGUUAUGCGCCCGGCUUUUCGGGCAAUUUACAGGCUCGUAAAUCCUUCGUACCAACCCCAAGGCGGAACAACAUACUAUGGGAAGCGAAGCAGUCGAGGGGUUGGUAGCGAGUAUCAGAUGCAGCCUUUCCAGAGUAGGGCUAAGACAAAAAGCCAGUUCAGAAUACUCGAGACAACUGAGAUAUGCAUAUUGGAGGACGUCGCGGAGUCUGGCAUUGGCGGACAGAGAUCUGGUAAAAUCAGCUUCCAGACAAACGUGCACGCAAGCGGCAACGGCACUGUUUAAAAUAUUCUGAUUCCAUUAUACGAUUGAUCGAACA